AUGACCUCCGUCGAGCAGCGAGGUGAAGAAAACGAAAACGCCAUCCAACAAAGUGUCAGUGAACUGGGGUGCUACAAAAUGAGGUCCCAAAUGGAUACAUCAUUGCUCGGUCCGAGCGACGAGAAGUCUGCCUCGUGGCUUGGCAAACGAGGAUUGAAGACAGCGUCAGAUUGCGAGCCUUUGAGUCGAUGCGAUUAUGCACAGAAAGAACGCUCGGGUUACCAUUGCGAAAAGCAUACUACCCUCACUUUCCCUGCAACCAAAAACAAAGGCCACCAUCAGCAUGGUCGCCCAAAUCCAAUAGCCGCCGCCGGCAAGCACCUGACUCCAGACAACGUGAAUGAUGAAUGCCGGACAGGAACCCGUUCAGGAAGUGGUACUGACUUUACCCGGUGA